AACGUGGGGGGGGUUAAAAAUGCCAGCUCCAGGGUUCUAAGAGGUGACGCCUCCUGGGCUCUGGAGGAAGCCUUCGUUGACCCUUCCUCUGUCGCCCUGGUUAGCCUCUUGUCCAUGGGGAGGAGAAGGUAUCAGAUGGGCGGGUUUAAACGUUUGCGGUGGAAAUCCCGAGGCCGCCUGCUCCUCCCUGUGAGUGUGUGUGUCUGCUUGUCUCUGCACUGAAGCAGCAGCGGCGGUGGUGGCUGAGGCAGCAGCAGUGGCAGCAGCAGCAGCAGCGGCAGCAGCGGCCGGAUUGGACUAGAACAUCAGUGCGGUGAUAGUGGAAGCUGCCCUGUGCUCUCUUGGAGGCCCCUACGCCCCGUCCCAGGCCGCCCCCAGACUCCUAGUGCUGCCAUGCUUGAGUCCUAGCUCCCACCUCGGGUCUCCCUUCCCCCCAGCUUCCCUUUGGCUCUUUGCUUCCGUGGGGGGCAGCGGCGAGGGCCGUGUGUGGGGGCUGGGGUGGCCGCCGCUGCCUCCCACCUCGCAGCCCCCUGCCCUCUCCCUCGGCCCUCCUCCUCCUCCUCCUCCUUCACCACCUCUUCCAUCUCCACCUCCACCUUCUCCCUCAGCAACCUCCGUGUCCGUGCCGUUUCUUCAAUGGGCAAUUUGCUAAGCGGGACCAGCUUCAAGGAGCCCACCACCGUGGAGGAUUGCGACUCUACCUGGCAGACGGACUCCGAGCCCGAGCCGGACGAGGAGGAGGACGGCCGAGAGAGCAGCGGCCCCGGCAGCCGCGAGGGCCCGGGGCACGAGCCCGAGCAACCCUUGGGGCCACCUACUAGGACCAGCCAGUGGUCAGAAGACUGCGCCGCUGUACCUGACCGAGACGCGGACGCCGGCGGUAGCAAAGAGCAGAAUGAUGAUUCCACUGAGUCGGCUACCAAACCAAAGAGAAGCUUUUAUGCUGCAAGAGAUUUGUACAAAUACAGACAUCAAUAUCCAAACUUUAAAGAUCUCCGAUAUCAAAAUGACUUAAGUAAUCUCCGUUUUUAUAAGAAUAAAAUUCCCUUUAAACCAGAUGGUGUUUACAUUGAAGAAGUCCUAAAUAAAUGGAAAGGAGAUUAUGAAAAACUGGAGCAUAACCACACUUAUAUUCAAUGGCUUUUUCCAUUGAGAGAACAAGGUUUGAACUUUUAUGCUAAAGAGCUAACCACAUAUGAAAUUGAGGAAUUCAAAAAAACAAAAGAAGCAACUAGAAGGUUCUUCUUGGCUUAUAAAAUGAUGUUAGAAUUUUUUGGAAUGAAGUUGACUGAUAAAACUGGAAAUGUGGUUCGGGCUACUAAUUGGCAGGAACGGUUUCAGCAUCUGAAUGAGUCUCAGCACAACUACUUAAGAAUUACCCGGAUUUUAAAAAGCCUUGGUGAGCUCGGAUAUGAACAUUUUAAAUCCCCUCUUGUAAAAUUUAUUCUUCAAGAAGCUCUUGUAGAGAACACUCUUCCAAAUAUCAAGCAGAGUGCGUUGGAAUAUUUUGUUUAUACUAUUAGAGACAGAAGAGAAAGAAGGAAGCUCCUUCGGUUUGCUCAACAUCAUUAUACCCCUCCAGAUCAUUUUAUUUGGGGCCCUGCUAAAAAACAAAAGCCUGAAGGAAGCAAAGCAGCAAAGACCCCUACAUCUCCUGUCUCUGGCCACAAUAUUCAAUCGUCUAUGCACAAAAAAUCCAAGGAAUCUAAGAAUAACCCCACAGCUGUUCAUUUAAGUAGCAAAGCAGCUGAAGAAAAUAAGGGAGAAUUGAAAGAAAAUGAAGAAAAUGCAGAUAGGCCUGGAAUGGAGGCUGGUAAUGAAGUUGCUAAGCUGAGAAAUAGUGAAAAGGACAGCAGUGCUGAAAAUCCAAAUUGUAAGCCAGAAAAAACUAUUAAUAAUCUCUUAGAUAAAAAAGAGACUUCUGCUUCUCUUGAAAAAGGUGAGGACAGUGAAUGUCAGAGUCCAGAUUGUGAAAAUUCAGGAGUUACAAGAAAAAGCUCCUCUGAUGAGAAUAAGAACUGUUCUAGUAACUGCUCUGAAAAUACGCAAAUCAGUUUAGGUAAGGAAAAAACUAUCGCAGAGCCCAUCCCAAAGAAUAAAGACGAGAUCAAAUCCUAAAAUUGGGAUCUAGACAUCUGCUUGUGACUCCUGUUGUAAACAAUUUUUGUUGUUUUCAUUUUGGAAGUCUUAAGACAAGAUGCAUCAGAUAAUGCUUUUAGGUUCUGGGUUUUCAAAUUCAUUUUUGUAUACAGUUUAUAAUAGCUUUAAAAUAACAUACUUGGUACCUUGAAACAACUGUUUGUGUUUGACCUAGAAAUAGUUCCUUUUAGGAUAGAUUGCAUUCUAUAUAGGGAAAACCAAAAUAGUUCUGUUGUGUUGGGUUUACGUUGCUUCAUCUUUAGUGUUUUUUUUUUUUUUUUAAAUUUUUAUUUAUUUAUUUUUUAAGAAUAAAAGAAAGUACAGGUCUUUGGUCUUCUCAGACAUAUUCCAAAAGCAAUUUUGUCUUUGAG